AUGUCCAUGCUCCUCCGCACCGCCCCCCUCCGCGCCGCCCGUGUCGCCCGCCAGCAGGCCCAGCAGGCCCGUGGCGUCCACUUUGAGAACAAGGUCGACCACGCCAUGCCCACCAACGUCACCAACAAGCCUUGGCUCGCCGCCAAGCUCGCCAUCUACACCGUUGCCGGCUUUGGUCUCCCCUUCUUCGCUUCGUGGUUCCACAUCCAGAAGGCCGCCGGCAACUAA